AUGAGUCAAGUCAACUGGGGGAUGACUGUAUUUGGCUUCGAGUAUUUGUAUGACUCUUCCCACCGCCCCGGGAAACGGAGAGAAACGAAAUCUCUUGGCGCGGAGCACACGCUUUUUGGCAAACAACCCCGGGGCUCCCCCAACAAUACCGUCAUCGAGACGCUUUUUGUCGCCGUCUUUUGUUCCAAAUGUGCCGCGAGCUUUCCCACCUCGACCAACAAAAAGUUUGUCGGAAUUUGCGCGAGGGAUUUUCCGGAUUAA